AUUAUAAAUAUAUUGAAAGAGAAUUAAAAGAAGUCUUUACAAACCAGACUUAGGACACAACGAAAGAAAGAAAGAAAAUGAGGAGGAGCAACAAAAGUAACCAAAGCCGUCUGAAAAUAUGGCUCUCCGGACCGAUGCAUGUCUUAUUCCGUCUUCCUUUUCUUUUUCUUAGAUCGAGGUCUUUUAGCCAAAUUAUCUUUGGUGAGAAUCUUUUUCUCGAACACUCUUUGGUGAGAAUCACUCCUUAAUGAUACUUGAUCGUAUUUGAUAUGAAUUUGAACAGAAAGAUACCCGUUAACAAGAGCAGCGUGGUCAGCUUAUUCCUUAAUGGUCAGCCAAGGAAGAAAUUUUUUGCAGACAAAGAAAGGGAGGGAUGGAUGGUUGGGCGGCAUGAGCGGGCGGCGUGCCUAAAACCCGCGCCUGUCGCCAACAUGGGGGAGAGGAUAGAGAGAGAAAUAGCAUGUCUUGAGCUGGCAUAGUUUCCAGCGACGAUCCUCGCAGGGCAGGGGCAGGGGCAGGGCUGGUCGACGGAGAGAUUGGGGAACCUGGAAUAAUCCAUUCCCAAUUCUCCAAUCUCUUCCCUCCCUCCCCUUCGUCAAUCUCCAGCUCUCAUCCAGCAGCAACAGGAGGAGAACACAGGAUCCUGUGUAUGCCUCCUCCAAAACGACCAGCAACAAACAGCAAGGGGGCAGAGGGAUACGUAUGUGUGUUCAUGGAUCAUGGUUCCCCACUUAGCUCCUGAUGCGCCGCCCUCGUCCCCGCACAUUGAUUGAUCCAUUGAUUUACUAGCUAGUCCAUUCACAUUGACAAAGAGUGCCUCCUUCAAUUUGAUGGGCAUUCCGUUGACAUCUCAACUCCAACGCCAACAGUUGAUGCUAGUAUGGUUGGAAAUAGGACAUGGUUUGGAGGGCUCUUCAACAGCUCAGGAAAAAGGCGACAAGUCAGUGCAGAGAAGAUAGUGCUUGAUCUGACCCCUCUUCAGGAACAGAGAUUGCAAAAAUUGAAGGAAAGGCUAAAUGUACCUUAUGAUGAAUCUCGGCCAGAACAUCAGGAAUCACUCAGGGCUCUUUGGAAUGCCUCCUUUCCUGAUACGGAGCUAAAUAGCUUAGUUUCAGCACAGUGGAAAGAUAUGGGGUGGCAGGGCGUCAACCCAGCGACUGAUUUCAGGGGCUGUGGAUUUAUUUCACUUGAGAACCUUUUGUUUUUCGCAAGAACAUAUCCGCAGGCUCCUUUCAAGAGGCUGAUGCUGAAGCAGCAAGGAAUGCGAGCUGUGUGGGAGUACCCCUUUGCGGUCGCCGGUAUAAACAUCUCAUACAUGCUGAUUCAGCUGCUGGAGCUCAACUCAGCGCGGCCGAAAUCUUUGCCAGGGAUUAACUUUAUCAAAGUGUUGACAGAACACGAGGAUGCAUUCGACGUGCUCUACUGCAUCGCUUUCGAGAUGAUGGAUGCUCAGUGGCUAGCAAUGCGAGCGUCGUAUAUGCAGUUCAAAGAGGUGUUGGAGGCCACAAAGCAGCAGCUUGAGAGGGAGCUCUCCCUGGAGGAUCUCAACAGCAUCCAUGACCUCCCAGCUUACAACCUCUUGUGCAAAUAGUAGGUGGAUUAUGAUCCCAUCAAGGGGAAAAGAUGAAUUCAAAACACAAAUGAUGAUCUGCAGCAUCAGCCUGUAAAAGAGAAGAGAAUGCACCAUCCAACUUGUACUCUCUGUGUCCAUCUCCUGUUGAUGGAAAUGCGACACAGUUUUGCCGAGGAGCCUAUACUAUACCAGGGACACACAUACUAUGUAUAUAAACGGUUGCGCGUGUAUAUACAUCACCGGGACUUAUUAUGCAAGAGCAAAUAUGUAUAAACUAGGUAGCUUGUCCUCUUGUUUUGGAUUUUAAUUAUGAAGUACGGUAGGCAUCAAUGCAAAUU